AUGUCUCUUGGAUUUGUGGGAUUAGGAUUAACUAUUGUGAUUUUAGCAGGAGAGCUCUUACUGCACACCAGCGCAGAAGAGCUACCAGCUGAUCAUCUCCACCAUCCAGCUGAGCAGGAGUCCUCUCUGCUCAGGCACACAGUACUGAUCACCAUCCUUGCACGCAAUGUGCAGCACAGCCUGCCAUACUUCUUGGGAUGCAUUGACAGACUGGACUAUCCAAAGGACCGAAUUUCCAUCUGGGCAGCGUCUGACCAUAGUGAGGACAACAGUACAGCCAUGCUGCAGGAGUGGCUCAGAGGAGUUCGGCACCUGUACCAUUCAGUGGAGUGGAGACCCAUAGAGCAGCCGAGCACAUAUGCAGAUGAGGAGGGUCCAAAGCACUGGCCUGACUCUCGGGUUGUGCAUGUGAUGAAGUUAAAGCAGGCAGCAGUCAGAGCUGCCAGGCAACUUUGGGCUGACUAUAUAUUGUUUGUUGACAGUGACAACUUGCUGACAAACCGUCAGGUGCUGACUGACAUGAUAGCAGAGAAUCUAACAAUUGUGGCACCCAUGUUGGAAUCAGAAAGCCUCUAUUCCAACUUCUGGUGUGGCGUGACUCCUCAGGGCUACUACAGACGAACACCAGAAUAUAUUCCCAUUCGCAAAUGGCAGAUGAAGGGUUGCUUUGCAGUCCCGAUGGUGCACUCCACCUACCUGCUGGACCUGAGGCGCACAGUGAGCCAGGAUUUGGCCUUCCACCCUCCACACACCAAGUACCCCUACUAUAUAGAUGACAUCAUGGCCUUUGCUUUCUCUGCUGAGCAAGCAGGAGCUCAGAUGUACGUGUGCAACAGGGACCAUUAUGGAUAUUUACCAGUGCCCCUCAAGCAGCAUCAGACCAUGGAGGAGGAAGAGGAGAGUUUUGCCCACACUCUGACCGAAGCACUCAUUUCCUACACCAUGGAGCCUUCACAGUAUGUACAUUAUACAUCGAAAGAACCAGGAAAGAUAGGAUUUGAUGAGAUCUUUCUGAUCAAUCUGAAGCGCAGAGCAGACAGAAGAGAGAGGAUGUUGUCCUCUCUCGCCGUCCUAGGCAUCAAUGUCACACUGACAGAGGCGGUGGAUGGCAAAGCCUUGAACUCCUCUCAGCUGCAAGCGAUAGGCAUCGACAUGCUGCCUGGUUACAAAGACCCAUAUUCAGACCGUGUGCUGACUAGAGGGGAGAUUGGCUGCUUCCUUAGCCACUACAAUAUCUGGAAACAGGUGGUGCAGCAGGAACUGCAGCAGGUGCUUGUGCUGGAGGAUGAUGUGAGAUUUGAGCCCAGAUUUUGUAGCCGGCUUGUGGCCAUCAUGAAAAAUGUACAGGGAUUGGGACUUGACUGGGACCUCAUUUAUGUAGGCCGUAAGAGGCUGCAAGUGAAGGAGCCAGAGCACUGGGUAAAGGGAAUCAGUAACCUUGUUCACCCAGGCUACUCCUACUGGACUUUGGGAUAUGUGCUCUCCCUGCAGGGGGCCAAGAAACUCCUGCGUGCAAAACCCCUCAACAAAAUGCUGCCUGUUGAUGAGUUCCUACCUCUCAUGUUCAACAAGCACCCCAAAGACGAGUACAUGCAGUAUUUUGAGCAGAGGAACCUGAGAUCAUUUUCAGUGGAGCCUCUGUUGCUCUUUCCCACACACUACACUGGUGAGCCUGGCUACUUCAGUGACACAGAGACGUCAACUAUCUGGGAUGAUGAGGCUGUGGAAACAGACUGGGACAGAGGCCUUGCUAAACGCCGGAAUGAGCAGGAGACAAAAGACAGCAAGCUCAAAUAA